UGAGAUUGUAUGUGAUGCGGAUUCGAAUCGGAGUCCUUAUGCGCUGGGGCGCAGUUGGGUGUAUGAAGUGAUUGUUCGUCAUGAGUUCGAGUUCAGUUAACUUGUACGCAUUGUUUACGAAUUUCUCUUGGUCUUUCGGAUACUUCUGAUGACAUUUAUGCCUUUGAUUUGAUUUUUUUCUUAUCUUUUCUAUAUUGACAUCUAUUCUUAAAGACUGCCAGACGGUCAAUAGGGUUUCUAGUUCUGUUUCUUGUGUAGUUUUCUUUCUAUUUUCAAAGUCAUUCCUUUACUUUAUUUUUUGCAGACGGUUUUUGAGAGAUCGCGCGACAUUCAUUUAGAAAUUUGACAUUGAGAGAAAAGGAGAAGAAAAGGAAAAUUACAUCGAAUUAUUUUACACGAUUCGACGACUAUUCGAGCGAAUCGAAUCAAGAAUACAUGAAGGGAAAGACAUCAAAGAUAGAUGAUCCUAAGAGGCACUUAAUUGGCAUCAAACUGAUCAAACGAAUUGCGAGAACACUUAGCAGCGAACGGAAAUCAUGGCAACUAUAACUGAACCACAACCUGUCCUUCAGAAAUCGGAAUAUUCAAGGAAAGGGGAUGACGAAGGUGGAAUUGACAAUGGGAUGAAAGGAAAAUUGAGGAGGGAUACUAUCAGUGGAAAACUAAAGUUUUCGGCCGGAAGUAAUGCGAAUGCGAAGGAAAAGAAAGUUGAAGGGUUUCCAAAGAUGGAUGAAGGAACUUUAAAAACAUUUGUGGAAAAAGUUACGCCUUAUGAUUUCGAAAAAGACAUGGGAGAGUGGGACGAUGAGAAUUCCAGUCAUGAUUCGAGUAUGGAUCCUUUGAACUGGUGUCCUCAUCGCAAAAAUCUCGCAUUCUUCACCCUAUGUCUUGCCUUCUCAAUAGUAGGCAUGCAACGCCUAAUGUUCGUUUCCGUAAAUGCAGUCAUCACAGCACAGUUCUCGAUCUCAUCUACUCAAACCGCAUUGUUAACAGGAAUUGCGUUCAUUUUCUCUGCGAUCAGUAGUCCAUUUUGGGAAAUAUUGAAUAUGAAAGUGGGAAAGAGAGGAAUUUUCAUCUUCGCGGCGGCUUUGAUGUUGGUCGGUGGUUUGUGGAAUAUGCAUGUUGAGACUUAUGGUCAAUUUCUGGGUGGGAGAAUGGUGCAGGGACUAGGUUGGGGAGCUUUUGAAGCGUUGAUCAGGGGUGCCAUGGCGGAAAUGUACUUCGAAUCACAACUUCCCAUUCGCCUAACAAUCCUCUCAACAGUCGACGUCUUCUUCACGUGGGGAACCCCCAUUAUCGGUGGAUAUCUAAGCCAGACAAUCGAUGGGUACGGAAAUCAAAUCAUGGUAAUCAACAUCAUCCAAGCCAUCGCGAUAUUCCUUUUGAUUGUCGCCUUUCCGGAAACAUCUUUCUAUCGUACUUCUCAUCCUACCCCUCCUACAUCUCCUCCAACCAUAUCCUUCAAAUCCUGGUGGAAAACAUUACAUCUUAAGCCAUAUUGGGGCAACCCAUCCAGAGAAGAUUUAUUGAGACCACUCAAGAGACUCGCCUCUCCAAUCACACUUCUUACGUUUGUCUUGGCUUCAUUGCCAAUAGCAUCCGCAUACGCAUUUGCCCUAAGUCUCUCGGGUUUCCUCUCCGCUUCACCCCUAUUCAUCUUCCCAAGCCAAGUAGGAUAUAUCUUCAUCGGACCCCUCGUUCUCUCCCUCCUAUCCUACGGUCUCUUAUCCCUCGUCUCCCCCGGAAAACCCAUUCUCCCUUCUUCCGAAAAAGUCCUAGGCGGAACCCCAACCAGCGCUCUCCGCAUCGCAAUCCCUGGUCUCAUUCUCUUCACCACUGGCACUAUCGCCUUCUCUCAAUACGUAUCUACGACUCUCAUCCCCCAAGCGACAAAAGUCAGCGCCACUGUCUUCGUCGUUUCAAGUCCAGGUAUGGAAUGUAGUCUCAAAGUUAUCAGUUUAAUCUUCGGGGUUCUGGUGGCAGGAGCCGCGAUCUUAGGAUUUGCGGUCGAGAGAUAUUUGGCGAUUCAGCAGGGUGUGGAUGAGAGUGGGAAGGAGGAGGGUCAGAGAGGAAGAGGGGGUUUGGAUAGGGCGAAUGCGGUUUUGCAAAAUUUGUUUACGGGGUUUUUGAUCGUGGCGAUGCCAAGUUGGAUUGAGCAGGGGAUGGGGGAGGAGAUGGGAGGAGUGAUGGGUCUGAAGGAUACGGGGUUGGGAGUGGGAAUUUUUGGGUUUGUAGGGGGGGGUGGCGGUCGUGGUGGGUUUGUGGGUGGUGGGAGGGAGUAUUAA